CAUAGCUGAUAUAAAUACAGCAUUCUACAACCUCUGCAUGUGGGAACAAAAGGAACGUGAUAUAUAGAAGUACAAUAUAUAUUGGGUAACGUUAGCAUCACUUUCUUGUAAAGUUAAUUUAAAGCAUUCCACAUUGUACCCCAAGUCUCUCUCAAUAUACAUUGUAAAUGUCAUUUGUGGUCUUUGACAAAAAUAUUAAUACAAACCACAUGUAGAUGCAUGAAUUUUUCUUUUACAAAUCAUCAACACGGGGUAGAGAGAUCAUUGAUAUGCUCAAGAUAGAUAAUUAAAAAAGGGGUACAAACUAUGGAUAUGCUGAUCGAAAAUAAGAUCUUUACCAAAUUCUUCUGUAGUUGUUGAAUUUACAACCCACUUAGGUAGAUACGAGAUUUACCGAUAACAGAGUUUUUAACAGGAAGUAAACUACGAAUCUCUUCAUUAUAUUAUAUUAUGCGGGAGAUAAAAGACAUUCAAAGCAUUUGCUCCAACCAUAAGUCCUAACCAUGAACAUGACGUUGUUUCCAAAAUCUGAUAUAGAGCUUAGCGUUAGCGUGAUUCAUCUAUACCCGUCAAUUCUGAGAUCUGAUUUAUUUUGGAAAAUCUGUCUUCAACAAUUGCGUUUUCAACUUCAAGUGGGCCAACACCACGCUUGCUGAUCGACCUAAUUGCAUCAACGAUGUAGUUUACUCCGCUCUUCUUGUCUUCAAUUGAUUGGACUUGACGCUCUGAAUUACCUUUAUUUUACACUUGUUUCAACUUUUCUUAUUCACUCUAAAUCAAAUAUCUGUAUUUUAUUUUCUCUUAUAAAUUGUUCCUAAUUAUUCAUUCGAUAAAAAUUCGACAGAGAUUUAACGAACUUUAUCAUGUGUUCUUCGAUCGUUAUUUCAGUCAUUUGCUACAUAAGAGAUGGCCGAAAACAAGUACACGAAUGUCCAGGGCAUGUUUCGUGAGUUUCCAAGGUAAUGUCAGAUGUACAUAGUACAAAUUCAAAAAAGAUUGCAUGAGGAAUAAACUAAGAGAGAAAGAGAGACAGACAAAGAGAGAGAGGGGGAGCAAGAGAGAAUGAGUUAAAUAGAUUCUUUGAUGAUCAUUCCAUUGACGAAUAUUGAAGACGAAAUGUGUCUUUUUCAUGCCAAUUAUUCGUAAAUUUAUAACAAUAUGCACUUUCAUCGAAUGCGUUUUGUUUCUUUGUCCUCAUUUUGUGGAUUGAACAGUUGGACAAUUUAUCCCAUGGACAAGAGAACCACAGGAUCACAAGGCUUUGAACCGAACAGUGCACAAGUAGCGAGAUCCAAUGAAUCUGUUUUACUACAAACACGCAUAUUGCGACCAACUAGCUUGGAUAAAAUCGAGAAAGUUCCUCCUCCAAUUCCACCAAGAUCAGUUUCAAUAGGAAAUAGCACAAAGAAAAUUAAUGAAUCAAGCAACAAUCGAUGGAAAGCUGACAUCAAACCGUAUGGGUCAGAUAGAAAAAUGAUUAAGGAAAAAUUAGUUUCCAUAUACGAUGACAUUCUGCGGAUUCUGAAAAGUCCUGAAUAUGACGCAAACCUUCAACGUUGUCUUGAAAGAGCUUUUCCAGAUAAUAUCGCGUGCAUCGAAAAACGAAAGAGAGAUAUUUGUGAGGCAGAUCAUGGCAUUGUAAUUUCUGGAGAAACUAGUGCUGGUAAGUCUACUCUCAUCAACAAAAUACUUGGAACGAAACUUUUUAAGGGCAGAAAUAGGGAAUCUACAUCGACAGUUUGCAAAAUAAGAAACUCAGAUGAAGUCAAGGUUAAAACGGAAAUGGAAUCAGGAGCUGUUUCAGAGAUAGAUGUACCAGAAAUUGAUGUAGGAAGCAAAGAAGGCGAAAAAGAACUUCGAAAGAUUUUGAAGAGAAUGACGGACAUGACCAUCGUCAACAGUGGUACAAAGUACAGAAGUGUGGAUAUAGGGAUUCCUGUGCCAUUUUUGGAGGGGAACACGAUCAUCGUGGAUACACCUGGUAUUGGUGGAUCGGGAACAGUCACCCGGAAAUUGAUGGAUUAUUUGCCAAACGCCGUCUCUUUUAUAUUUGUUAUUAAUGUGGCAAAUGCUGGGGGCAUGCAACAAGAUAGGCUGCCAGAAAUACUUAGAGCAAUCACUAACCUACAGAGUGAAAAUGAAAUGCCAUGUUUUGAUCCGAGUAGAGUCAUUUUCGUUACUAACAAAUGGGACUCCAUCGAAAAUGACUCGGAUGACAGCAGUGAAGAAGACGAAGUGGAAAAAACAUGGCAGAGUGUUACAAAAAGAAUUCACAGACUUUGGCCGUCUGUGAGGAACGAGAACAUAUUCAGAAUGAAUUUAAAAGAGGUUUGCUGUGAGCACUCACCUUCUUCUAAAGAGUUCAAAAAAUUUCGCCAUGCUUUGGAAACUGUUAUAAAGGAAAAUGAAAGCUUUCGGAUAGAAUGUCAUUUCAGAUAUAUAAGUUCACUACUAGAUGCCAUGUCGAAGGGAAUCUACAGCAAGCUGAAAUUGGUGACGAGAACAAAGCAAGAACAGGAAAAAAAGAAAACGGAACAUCAGAAGAAAAUUCAAGAGCUGAAGACGAUAUGCAGAUCGAAAAGAACUGUCUGGCAAAAUCGAAUUAGAAGAUUUAUCGAGGAACAGGCAUAUAGAAGUUUGGAGUAUAUGUCAUCAGAUCUCGGAAAAGAGAGAAUAUUGAAUCCAGCUAAGUGGAAACCAAUCAUGAAAAUAUCUUAUGCGCCUAAAAAACUUGGCCAGGAAGUAGAAAACAGAGUAGCCGAGUAUAUUGAAAGCAUAGUGCGGUGUCCAGAGGUUGUCGGAGAGUUUCAGGAACUGAAAGACAGAAUAUUAGAAUUCUGUGAAGAGAUGUCUCUGGAAAUAGAGAAGAUGGAGAACGAAUGGACAGGACUCGCCGAUGUAGAAGAUAAAGCGUCUGUUUCUGAAAAGGAACAAUCUGUUAUGCCUUAUAUUGCUGGUGCUUUCGCCACUCCGAUAUUAUUUCCAAUGAUGGUGGCUGGCGCUGCUGUUGCGGUAGCUGCAGCACCAUUAGCUUUACCUCUUGUUGCCAUUUGGGCAAGCAAUGGCAAUAAGAGAAGAAUCGUAGAUGAGAAGUAUGACAAGUAUAAAUUAACAAUUCGAAGCAGUAUAUGUAACGCAUUGGAAACUCAUUAUGGGGAAGCAUUUGAUAGAAUUAUAACAAAUGUCACGCAGAGAGAAAUGCAACGGAAGAUAGAUUUCAUUGAAGAAAUUCUUCAGCAGUUGGCUGAACAUCGAGAAGAAAUACUUGCAAACCAGGAGCGUAUAUUUAUACUUGUACAGAAAAUAGCACCUCUUCCACUCGUGUUGGAGGACAUUAAGCAAAUGUUAUGCUGUCAUGAAACUGAUUUCAAUUAAGACAAUGGUUUUGGAAUGAUGGUUCUAGCCCCAUCUCUUUAUUCAAUGCUGGAAUUUAGAAUUGGGAAUUACAAAGAUGAAAAUUUGAAUACACUACCAUCAUAUACAUGUAUAAUCACAUCUGCUAUAUGCGGAUUUCAUCUCAAAUAUGAAACAAUAUUAGAAGUGCAAACAUGAAUUGAGGAGCAAGCCUUUUGUAGUUUAUUGACAACAUUUAUCCAUUUAUAAGUUCAGAUUUAUUCCCUGUCCUUAACAGAAUAAGUUAAUCCAAAUGUUAACGUCAAUUAAAUUUAUACAUGUAAAGUUGAUUGAGUCCCUCACAGAUAUAUUAACCAUCAUUUGAAGUUCUUUACAAAAUCAAAAUACGUGUAUUAUGUCAAUGUUUCAUUUUUGUGCUUUUACAUUCAAAAUAAACAUAUUUCCUUCAU